CGCUCUUUCUUUCUUCUCGCUGGGAGAUUGGAGGACCGGCGAGGGGCUGUUUGAGGAGCCGGCGGGCGGGCCGCGGCUGGCGGACUCUCCUUCCUGCACCUCUUUGGUGCUGGGAGGCGGGCCUCGGGGUCGCUGUCUGCGCCGCCGCCUCUGUGGGCCGGGCGAACUCACGUGACCCGCGCUGGCUCUGGAGCGGCUGGCAGCGCUAAGGAAGCAGCGGCGGCGGCGGCAGAGGCGGCGACAGCAGCUGGGAGGUAGCGACCUGGAGAGCGACCGGCCGGCUGCCCUCUCGGACGGCCGCGGCGAAAGAGAAAAAUGGCGGAGGCCUCGGCGGCCGGGGCCGGCGCGGGCGCCGCGGUUGCCGCGCACCGGUUUUUCUGCCACUUUUGCAAGGGCGAGGUCAGCCCCAAACUACCGGAAUAUAUUUGUCCCAGAUGUGAAUCAGGGUUUAUUGAAGAAAUGACAGAUGAUUCCAGUUUUUUAGGUGGUGGCAGCAGCACAUCAACACAUUUUGCAGAGUUCUGGGACCAUUUGGACCCCACGAUGUUUUUCCAAGAUUUUAGACCCUUUCUAAGUAGCAGUCUACUGGACCAAGAUAAUAGAGCCAAUGAGAGGGGUCACCAAACUCACACUGACUUCUGGGGACCAAGUCGGCCGCCACGGCUGUCAGUGACUCAAAGAUACAGAUCUCGAGGAAGUACUCGUCCUGAUAGAUCCCCUGCUUUUGAAAGAGUACUACAACAAAUCAUUGCAGGAUUCAUUCCUGGAUCCCCAUUUUCUUGGAGCGGGAUGCUGCACUCCAACCCUGGGGACUAUGCCUGGGGUCAGACAGGGCUUGAUGCCAUUGUAACUCAGCUUUUAGGACAACUGGAAAACACAGGGCCUCCCCCAGCUGAUAAGGAAAAGAUCACAUCUCUUCCAACAGUGACAGUAACUCAGGAACAAGUUGAUAAGGGUUUAGAGUGUCCAGUAUGCAAAGAGGAUUACACAGUUGAAGAGGAAGUCCGGCAGUUACCCUGCAACCACUUCUUUCACAGCAGUUGUAUUGUGCCGUGGUUAGAACUGCACGACGCAUGUCCUGUAUGUAGGAAGAGCUUAAAUGGUGAGGACUCUACUCAGCAAACCCAGACCUCUGGGUCCUCUGCAAGCAACAGAUUUAGCAGUGACAGCCAGCUACAUGACCGAUGGACUUUCUGAAACUAAAGACCGCCUCUGAGCCAGGGCUAUGGUAGACCUCUUAUCACAGCUAUUAAUUGUAUCAAAACAAAAAAGUCGUAGGUGAAUUUAGGAAUCACCUAAGAAACCCCAACCCAUAACAUUAAUUCAUUGAGUGUUUUUCUUCUCUAAAUUUAAAGUUAGUAUCUACAGAUGGAAUUGUAUCUACAACCAAAUGCCUCUCAUUCUUGAAUUCAGAGCGAUAAUUUUGUAAGUGCGAAACUUAAUUAUGUGGGUUUCCCCUGCCAGAAUAGAAUCAGUUCCUUAAAGUCUAGCUAGGGUCCUGCUAUCUGUCAUGUUACCUUGUGAUGGAUGUUUCCACCUCUUUCUCCAGCCUCCACCCUAUCAUAAGUGUACUUUACACUAAAUACAGUGGAACCAGAGCCCUAAAGUCCUGCUGAUAUAAAGUCCUUCUGUUUUAGUUGUACAAAAGCAUCUACUUUUGGCCACAUUAGCCAUGAAGUGAGAUCAGAUUAAUUCAAGAAUCUGAGACACUAAUGAUUCUUGUUUUUUCUUAAAUUUUCAGAGAGCAAAUCAAAGAAAAAUUACAGUGGGAAGGAGAAAGUGGCUUAUCAUUGUAUUCUUUGGUUUUCUCAUUUUUAUUUUUAAAGACUACUUCACAAGAUGCAGCUUCUGCAGAAACCAACCUGACAUGUCUUAGGAGUCUUAUGUUGGGAGGAAUCUGAUUCUGGUUCCUUUUUGGGAAUGAGUUGGGCAGCAUACAGGCACAGAAGGACAGAUGUUUGAAAUCUUUGGUUCCGAGGUUUUUUAGUGAUCCUCAACUCAUUGUUUAUCCUGGGGACCUUAAAAUAAUUUCUCUCACAGAAAUAGAAUUACUUCAUUACUGCUUCUACAGCUAAGUCAUUGUUUUUUGUAAUUCACUGGUCUUCAGGAAUUGAGAUUUUAUGUUGUCCCAUUUUAAUUUUUUAAGCCCAUUUAUCAUCUCUGAAACCUUUCUGUUUGCUUGGUUCUGUCUGUACUUGGAGUCAUACUGAUUAUUGUGAUCAUGCCCAAACAACUUGGCCUAGGAGAUGUAGGCCUUCUUUUUUCAGCCUAACAGUGUCCCAUGCACAUGCACAUGCUCUUUGGCGCAUUUAAGUGUUUAAAGUUGAAUAAAUGAAGAAGAUUAAGAAUGUUGUUGGAACUUCAAAGUCUCAAAAAUAAAUGAUGGGGACAUGUAACCACUGUUGGUGCACCAAAAAGGGUGACAGAGGGGCAACAGUGGUAUGGUCAUAUCAGCCCUUCAUAGUUUGGAAUGAUCAGAACAAGAAGGCUGCUCUUUGGUGAGUCUCUCUUGGCUAGGAGUCUUUCCUUGGUUUUUGUUGACUUGUUGUACACUGGUUUUGGGGGUGAGGGAUGGGGUUAGAGAUAUCUUUGUAAUUUAGUAGAGGACAGAGGAGUAGGAGAGGGAAGAGAGAAAGUGGGAGAGUUUAAUUUAAUAGCCUACCUCUAAAAAUUGUGACCAUAAGUUAUGAUUCAGGUUGGGCCCAGAGAGAAUAAAAGAUGUUUUCUCAUAUUUGUGUUAUCCUAUGUAGAGAUUGUUUCUUUGGAGAAUGUGAACUAUUUACUAUGGCUAUUGAAAUGUAGCCCAGAAAUACACACUGGUUUUGAAUGGUGAGGGGUGAUGAGGCUGAGGGGACGUGGGAGGUAUAUUGUGAAUAUUUAAUGGCCAUUACUUAGAUGGAGAAUGGCUAGGCUGAAGUUGGAGCACAUUGUAGUUUUCAAGUGGAACAAUAUCAACUGUCUCAGAAAAAUGAUGCCAGCCUGGAAGUUUUUGUCUGCUUGUUAGUGUCUGGAGAUGCCAGAACAGGCAGGUGUAUUUUUACUUAACACUAGAGAACUAGAAAGAAUCUGAGUAGCUUUACAAAAGGAUGCAAACAAAGUGCUGGACAGGGAUUUAACUUUUCAAUAUACGGAAGAGCAAAUCGCAUCAGUCUUAAGUUAUCUGAAAUUUUCUUCACUUUUUUUGUGCUUUUAGAUAGAGUGCAUAAAUCUGUUUGCUGUUUCUGAGACCCCUCCUACUUAAUGAAUCUGUAGUGUUUCUUCCUAGAAUAGGAGGCAUCUCAGACUUCCAGGUUAAUUUAGGUAGUGUAUUAGUCAGGGUUCUCCAGAGAAACAGAACCAGUAAGGUGUGUGUGUGUGUGUGUGUGUGUGUGUGUGUGUGUGCGCAUUUAUUAUAAGGAAUUGGCUCACAUGAUUAUGGAGCCAAACACAGUUUGAUAUGUUUACAGCUGGAAGGCUUACAGACUCAGAAAACUGGAGCCUUACUAGGAGUCAAGGGAGAGAUGAUUCAGCUUUCCCUCAUUAUCAAAGAGAAUAGAAAAAAGUUGCCAUUUCAAAUCUUGGGCCCUUAGACUUGAGGCCUUUAGAUUUGUACUAAAUGGCCUACCCUUUGAGUUCCAUGCAUAGAUAAACAGAUUGUUUUCCCAUUCAUGAAUGUCUUUUUUUCUUAUUCUUCCUUUCGUUCAUUGUAAUUUGAAAUAAAAGAGGAAGUAAAACUAUGUUAGCACAAAAUUAGGAGGGACUUGCUAGAGGUUGGUAGACCUGAAAGUUGAGAGGUUAUGUAGGGCAAUUCCUUGCUGGCCUCCAAGUGAUUAUUGCUUCUUGGGUAGUUUCCAGAUGGGUUAUUCUGGCUGGACAGAACUGGGCAGUUGGGUGGGCAGGGCAGAGUGGUGAACAUUUAACCGAUAUCUCCAACCGAGAGAAGGAAUAAUCCUUGUAUUAAAAAUUAAUUUUCCUGCAAAUUUCCUAUUGCCAGUUCUCUGAAGAGUUGGGAAACCUGAAGUUUCCAGAUAGCUUCCUUAGUUGUCAAUAUUUGCUGCAUAACAGUUGACCAAGUGCUUGUUAAAUGUUUUCCUUGAGCAGUACUCUUCUGGUCCAAUAGUUAGUUCUCAAGUUGGAAGGAGGAUUUGGGGGCAAGAAUUUGUUUCUUCCCCCCGCAACAAGUCUCAGUUGGAUUAAAUAGUUAUUAGGAGAAAAAUUCCUUGUUUAUGUCUUUGUAUUGCACAUUUGUAUAUAUGCGUGUGUGUGUGUGUGUGUGUGUGUAUAUAUGUAUAUUCAUAGACAUAUGCAUAUAUGCACAUUUCACUCUAGAGGAAGAAGGGAUAUGGUGGGCACCGAAGUAGAUAAAGUGAGCAGGGGUACAGCAGAGGACUGGAGCUUUAGUCUGAUUCUCUCAUUGCAUGUGCCUCAGGCCCAUGUGUUUCUGUAGUUCUCUGUUAUAGGGCACUGUUAGCUUGGGCAGGCACCCCGUUAUGUGGUGUGGCAAAUGGAUUCACUGGAGCUAAAAGUCUGGUCAUUUCUGAAGGUUGAGGAUAAAUGGCUUUGAGGAAAGGGUGUUGGUCAUCUCUUGUUUCUGUAUUAUAAUUAAUUGAACUAAGACACAGUUAUCUAUUGCUUUCAAAAAAUUUUCUUGAUAAGUUAUUGAUGACAACUUGACUUCUCACAUGAACUUCUGCAUGCUUCAGUUUCGUUCUUCCUGGUGUCCAAGUCCUAUUUCCUCAAGGAAUACAGAUAUAUCAGACUUAACAAAAACUAAUCAGGAGGGGAUCAUAGUUUGUCUGUUUUAAACAACAACAAAACAACCCCUGGGGUUUUGGGAGGUGAAGGGUACCUCAGAGUUGGUUCUUAGAGCUCAUCUAGGCAGGCCACUGACAUCUGUGAAGGAAAACAGAUUUUUAGGAGGAGAAGGAACAGGGCUGGUGAAUAAAUAUUUGGAUGUUAGGGAAUAUCCCUCUUUUGUCUCUGUGGUAGAGAGGUGGGAAGAUAAAGGUGCUGUUUACAAGAAUAAACCAGUGGAGAUUUGGGAGUUUGCGGGGGGACUAGCAGGAGAGAGUACUCCUACUGAGAGUUUCCAAAAUGAAUCUAACAUAAGUUCUGAUGUAGGGAGUUCGGGGAAAGAUUUGGUGGGGUAAACAUAUCACAGGUGUUUAUCCUACAGUGGGAAAUUACAGCUUGCAGUAAUGUCAGCAUCUCAGCACUCAGGCUGGGAACCCCAGGUCUGCGCCAUGGGUUUAAAAUGGAAUGUGUAGAAUACAAUGAGUACAACUGGAGAUCUUUUCCAGGAUUGAGACAGGAUCAAAAUGUCUUAGCUAAUGGACAUUAAGAGGUUUUGAUCUCUCAUACCUGCCAGAUAAGUGGAAUUACAGGCACUCAACUCUCUAAUUUUAUACAUAUAAACUUUGUGUUUUGCCAGAUUAUACUUAGAUGGUGUCCACAGAAGUGGAGUCUAUAUGUUGCCUUUCCUCUUUCACCUGAAACACUUAUAUCUGUAAAUCAUGAGAUGUAGGCUUGUCGUUCUUUACCUUUUCUAAUAAGAUAUACCAUUUUUAAGGUCCCCAAAUUAUUAGACUCGCUCCCAACAAGAUUAUAGGUGUGUUUUUAGUAUCUUUUGAUGGAAAAAACACAUAGCAAAAAGCUGCUAUGAUUUUAGUAAUGCUUUUAAAUCAGUUUGUCUUUAUUAGUCACACCAGAAUCUAUAUCCAGUUGAAGUACAGUAUAUACAUAUUUGUAAGAUAUAUUAUUUAUUCAGACUGAAGAUAAUGCUUACAUAGACCUCUUAAAAUAACUACAUGGCCUCACAGAGGUUCAAAUUCCUUGGGUUGUGAAUCACUCAUAUAGAUUGAGGUUAAGAUGUGUGUCCAGAAGUCUACCUAUUCAUGCAUGGAAAUUUAUAGACUUAUUUGAAAGGAGUGGUAUCAAUACACUUUGAAAGCCGAGAUAUAAGUAUUUCAAAUUUUUGUUUAACCAUCUUGAGAUAAGCAGAAUAAAUAAAAUAAAUUCUUUAGAAGUGGGACCCUUGACUUGCUGUUGCUUUGUUUAUUCUGCUUAGUUCAAGUCAGAGCUAGUAGUCUAAUGCUCUUGAAUGUCUUGAUAAACUUGGCCAGCAAUCAUGUGUCCUUUCUGCAGAUUUUUUAUGUAGACUAUAAUUAGCAUAAUAGCACAAUGGAUAAAACCUUUUCUGUAGUUAGACAUGGCUUCUGUGUGAGACUUCCAGUGAUUGUAUAAUAUUGAGUGGUUUCAGAAGAGUCUUUGAAUAGUGAAAAGUAAAAGACAUCUCUACUCAUGUGAGCUUAAAAUUUAGUUAGAAAAACAAAACUAACACAUAAAACAGGUAAAGAUUAAAGUGAGUGUAGUACAGUGGAGAAAGCUUUGGAGACUUCUGAGUCAGAAUUCAAGUGGUUCUGGGUUUAAAAUCCAGAAUCUCAUUUGAUUCUCAGAGCAGUCCUGUGGAAACAGAAGAUAGAGUAGGAAAUACCGCAUUUUACAGAUAAGUAGCAUCUCAAAACUUCAUUUGCCCAAGGACAUGUAGCUGGUACGUUGCAGGGUCAGAAUUUAAAUCCAGAUCUUCUGACUCCAUGCCUAGCUUUCUACCUCCAUAAGACACAAAAUCCAAAAUCCUUAGUUUGAGGUUCAAGGCCAUCACUAAUAAGGGUCUUACCCAUCUCUUUCAGCCUUCUGUCUCUCUGGUCCCACAAACCUUAGCUCCCCCAUUUGGCAGGUCCUGGCCAAGGAUCGCAGGUAAGGUGUCUGUUUCCCUUUGAUGGCUUGCCAUUUAGCCCCAGUUAAAUUGUCUGUGUUUCUACCUCUUUAUUCAUGUAGUUCCUCCUAGCAGGAAUAUCCUGCCCCCACCUCUCUGCUUAACUAAGACAAGAGGUUAUCUGUCCAAAGAGACAAGAGGAUUUAUGAAUUUAGAGAGAAAAGAAAAGGCUGCAGAUAAUUGCUUUGACAUUUACUUAAAAAAAAAAGAGAGAAAUGACCAGAGAGAUUGACAAGUACUUAGUUGAAGCUAGACAGUUAAAAUCUGUGGAGCACCUGGUCUGCACAAAUCUUCCUCUUCCUCCAGCACUGUUAUGUGGAUGCCGUUCAACACCAGGGUCUCUUCGUUUCCUCAUUUUCUGCCAAGUCAGUUACUGGGUCUGGUGCCCUUCCUCUCCUAUCCUACCUGUCUUUGCUUGUUUCCUCUCUCUUCCCUUAACAGUGUCAAAUAAAAAUUUCUUCCAAAAACAUUGGUGUUCUC